UGGAUCAUCACAUCCGUGAUGUUCAUCUGGCCAACGUGCCUCUUCAUGUGAACCAACAUGCCUACCAAUCUGGUAAGUCCACUGGGACUCUUUUACACAAGGUUGUUUACGAUAUCGAGAAAGCAUUCGCUCAAAAGCAAUCUUGUUUGGGUGUUUUCUUAGAUAUCGAGGGUGCCUUUGACAACGUGCCUUUCGAUGCCAUAUUGGAAGCCGCACGGAGUCAUGGUAUAUCUCCAAUGAUUUCCAAUUGGAUUCACCAAAUGCUCAAAAACCGAUAUCUCUUCUCGACAUUGCGUCUAGCAGGGAUUAGGAAAUUGAGUGUUUGUGGAUGCCCCCAAGGGGGUGUCUUAUCACCGCUUUUGUGGAAUCUCGUAGCAGAUACGCUAUUGAGGCAACUCAAUAAUAGCGGUUUUCCUACUUAUGGUUUUGCCGACGACUACCUAACAUUGUUAGUUGGUAUGUGCAUCAGCACCCUUUUCGACCUGAUGCAAAACGCCCUUCAGGUAGUUGAGGGUUGGUGUCGCCAAUAUGGCCUUUCGGUUAAUCCGAGUAAAACAUCUAUUGUUCUUUUCACGGAAAGGCGAAACCGUAAUGGCGUUCGACCUUUGCGUCUCUUUGAUUCUGAAAUCGAUGUGACUGAACAGGUAAAGUACGUUGGAGUCAUUCUUGAUUCCAAGCUUUCCUGGACACCUCACAUUGAGUUCAGAAUCAAGAAAGCUUGUAUGGCCUUCGGGCAAUGCCGGCGUACUUUUGGUACAACUUGGGGUCUAAAACCCAAGUAUAUCAAAUGGAUUUACACAACUGUGGUUCGGCCAAUAUUGGCUUAUGGAUGUCUUGUGUGGUGGCAAAAGGGUGAAGUGAGAACGGUCCAAUCAAAAUUAGGCCAUCUCCAAAGGAUGUGCUUAAUGGCGAUGUCUGGAGCGUUCUCUUCAACUCCUACGGCAGCGCUAGAAGUUCUCUUUGACGUUGCCCCACUACACAUUCAUCUCAAACAAGAAGCCCUUUCUUGCACUUACCGGUUACGGGUACUCGGUCUACUAGAGGAAACUCCUGUGAACCGCACAUCAACACACACCUCGUUGUUUCCACUUUUGGUGAAUUGGGACAAAAUUGUCCUUGCUCCAAGUGAUCUUACAAUUGCUUGUAAUUUUCCAUAUAGGACAUUUUCCACGAAAUUCCCUUCCCGGGAAGAGUGGACAUCUGGUUAUCUGGAAAGAAGUAUUUCAGACGGCAUCGUAUGUUACACUGAUGGCUCCCUUCUCGAAGGUCGAGCAGGUGCUGGUGUUUAUUCUCGUGAGCUAAGGCUGUAUCAGUCUUACUCACUUAGUAGACACUGCACCGUUUUUCAGGCCGAAAUCUUUGCUCUUAUGUGCGGAGUGCAAUCAGCACUCCAGCAGCACGUAAUGGGCAAAGUAAUAUACUUCUGUUCAGAUAGCCAGGCUGCUAUUAAAGCACUUGCUUCGGCCAACUCCAGGUCGAAGAUAGUUAUCGCUUGUCGAACUCAAAUCGAGGAGCUGAAUUCAGCAAACGCUGUUCACCUUCUAUGGGUACCUGGUCAUUCUUCCAUCGCUGGAAAUGAAUUGGCUGAUGAGUUAGCUCGCUCUGGAGCAUCACAUGACUUCAUUGGCCCUGAGCCAGCUAUUCCGAUAUCGAAGUGUUGGAUUAAGCUUCAGAUUCACACCUGGGCUGUCAUUCAACACAGACAAUAUUGGAAUAGUUUGGAGUCAUGUCGUCAAACCAAAUUGUAUAGUGCUGAGCCAUCUCUACGGGUGGCGAAGUAUCUAACUAAUCUGUCUAAGCAGAAUUGCAGCAUGUUGGUCAAAGCAUUGACUGGCCACUGCCGACUCAGCUAUCACAUGGCGAAUAUUCAGCAAGCUGAUUCAUUUGCCUGUGAUAGCUGUGAAUCCGAUUAUGGAACUUCGUAUCAUUUGAUAUGUAACUUGCCCUUUUCAGGGCGCUGUUUGAACCCAUUGUGGUACGCUUGUGCGUUAGUACCCUCUUCCAGGGUAUUUUUCCUAUUUCCCUACCUGUCCCUAUCCCCAUCCAAAUCCUUUUUCCUUCCUUUUCCCUCAGGUAGAUAAUAAAAUAGGCUGUUAUUUUGGCGAUGGCACAAAUGUCCCAAAUGGAGGAUAACGUGCCUCUGGAGCCGGCCUUCUGAUACCU